UCUAUAUUCUAACCCUAAUUUUACAACUUUCCCUAUGACGAAAGUUAACGGCAUGGGGUUAUACGAUUUCCGGCGCCACCGCGUCGCCGAGUAUCCGGUGGUGGUGGCACCAGCAGAGUCGAAAGCGGUAGUUCCAAAGACCGGCGGCGGCGACGGCGUUCCGAGCAGCAUCACUCUGUCGGAGAUUCAGCGCGACCGGCUGACGAAGAUUGCGGAGGCGAACUGGUUGAAAAGCGGCGAUGCGGGGAGGCCUUAGAAGGACUUCGACCGAAUUGUUGGUGAAAGAGGGUUCGAAACCCGUUCCCUUGCAACGUGUCAUGAUUCUGGAGGUUAGCCAGUAUCUGGAGAAUUACCUGUGGCCUUAUUUCGACCCUCUCACUGCCACCUUCGAGCAUGUUAUGUCCAUCAUCAUCAUGGUCAACGAGAAGUUCCGAGAAAAUGUUGCCGCUUGGACUUGCUUCCAUGAGAGGAAAGACGCUUUCAAAGGCUUUCUCGAGAGUGUUCUUCGCUUGAAGGAGAUACUGGAUUCACAGGUAUUUCCCCUGAAACAAUUAUCUGGUGAGGACGAUGAACUUAUUGAUGCUACUAGUUUGGGGCUAGUUAAUGAUGCCUGUGUCCUGUACUGUGAGAGGUUUAUGGAAUUUCUAAUUGACCUCUUGAGUCAAUUGACAACGAGGAGGUAUUCUGUUAUGACUAUCUGCAAUCUCUCUCAUUUAAGGGUUAAGUUAUUUUGUUUAAUACUAUGUAUUGUAUGUUUCUAGUUUUAUGCAUAUUUUUAUUUUGCAAGUGUUAUUAAUGAUGACCAUGUUGCUUCCAUAUUUUAAAUUGGGAAAUUUUUUAUUCUUUCCUAGCAAUUAUGGUUGAACUGAAAAAUCAUCCAUGUGGUAAGUUAUAUAUAGGACCACGUCAAAGCUAUUAGUGGAAGGGUGAAUCAGGAUGGCAGUGCUGUCUGUCAACGUCACCCAACUGCGAUCCACUCACUUAUAGAAUAGAAUGAGCCAAACAACAACGAUGACGCGUUCAAACUUUUAUUUAAAUUAAAUCAGCAAUGAAUAUUAUUAAAGGAAAACGCGUUCAAACUAUUAUUAUAUCCAGUAGUAAUAGUAAUACCCAUUCUAUUCUGGUCCCUCCACAAGCUCCCAUACUUUUCCUUACUCCACCAGUGCUAUUAUUUAAUUUAAUUUAAUUACAUAGGUCUUAGAGUGGAAGAAGUUUAACGGGUAACAAUAUAAAAUCAACAUUUAUUUUCUACUUUCAAUUUUUACAAUAUUAACUAACUAGCUAUAACUAUUCUUUCCCUUAAAUAGUUUCAAAUAAAAAGGAAAUGAACUAGUAACCAGUAAAGCUUUCAUAGAAUGAAAUACAAUAGCAGUUACUUGCAAAGAAGGAAAGUUAAGUGGCUUGUUUUAAACAAAAUUUACCUUUUAAUUUAUUUAAUCAAUUUUUUAAACUAGACUAUAAUUUAUUUAAUUAAAUUAGAUAUGUUUGGUAAAUAUUUUUUUCCCUAACUUAUAAUGUUUUUUAAAUGUUAUUUGAGGUUGUGUUUGAACCCAGUUCUUUUAUCAAUAUUUUAAGAUGUAUUUUUAUUUAUCAUUUCUUUUCAUGUUAUAUUAUUUAUUUUAACAAAAUAUAGUUUUUAAAAUCAUAUUAUUUAUUUUCAUUACAACAGUAUUUGAUAAAAUAUUUAUUUGAUGUCAGAUAACUUUAUUAUCAUAUAUAGUCAUUGCACAAGAUCCUUUAAUUAAUAUAAAUAUUCAAUGAUAAGUGAAUAGUCGUGACAUGGACAACAGAAUUCAUGAACAUACUCUUUAAUUCAUUAACAUUCUUGGAAUAAUAUAAUUGGCUAGAUUUUAAAGAUUCCUUAUGAAUGAUUUUUGAGGAAGGAAACCUUAUGAAUGAUUUUUCUGUUACUAUGUAUUGUAUGAGGAAGGAAACCUUAUGAAUGAUUUUUCUGGAAAGAUAAAACGUGAUGAGUGAAAGCCACCAAAGGGGGAACUGAGAACAGUAACUGUGGCUUUGGAUACAGCUCAAUACCACAUGGAUGUAAGUAAUAUUGCCGAAAAAGGGGCAGAAGAUGUUUAUGGUACAUUUAAUGUGUUGAUGAGGAGGAAGCCAAAAGAAAACAAUUUUGAAGCCAUCCUAGAAUCAAUAAGGGAUUUAAUGAAUGAAUACUGUAUUGUUCCCAAGUGGUUGGAAAACAUUUUUCUUGGUUAUGGGGAUCCUUCAGCUGCACAGUGGACUAAUAUGCCUGAUAUAUUGGAGACAGUAGAUUUCAAAGACACUUUUGUUGAUGCUGGUCACUUAAAAGAAAGUUUUUUGGAUUAUGAGGUGUCUUUUGUUAAUCCUGAUGGCUUAGGAAAUUUGAAUCCAAGGCCUCCUUUUAAGAUCAAGCUUCCCCGAACACUCAAACCAAACAAUGGUGCUCUUACUGGGCAUGCAAUAUCUAAUUCUGGUGCAACAAAUGAAAUCAAUGUGGUUGAUGCUAAUUAUCAGAAAGAAGCACUAAUUAUUGAGACAUAUACUCCUCCAGAUCCUGGCCCCUAUCCUCAAGAUCAGCCUAAACAAAAUUCAGUUCGAUUUACUCCCACCCAGGUGAAUUCAGCUCUUGAUCUCAAUCAUAUACUGUCACUUUUCAUGCAUAAUGAUUUUUCUUUUAAUCUUUCUCUGCCCCCCUGCUUUCCUCACAAUAGUUGAAUCUGAGUAUUUGACCAAAAUCCAAUUGAUUCAUAUGGCUAAAUUGAUGCAUGUGGAAUGCAAAAAUACAAUGCUUGUGUUUCUUGAUCCAGUACAUAUUAAGUAUGUAGUGUAGUUAGCAUCACAAGUCAUGUCCUAUUUCCCUUUGUACUGUCGCCUCGUCAGUAAUAUGAAAUGGAUGAUCAGUGUGCCAUGAUAUAUUUUAAAAGUUUUGACAAGAAUAAGGAGUCCAUGAUUUUGUGACAAUGUAGAUUCAUGUUACCCUUAAAUUUGUUAACGAAUAGGAUUGUGUUUACCAUUACUUGUUGAUGUUUUGCUGAUGGUUGUUUUAAAGAAAUUUCCAUUGUUGAUAUGCAAAGAAAUUGGAAAGUUCUUUUUGGCCACGUUGGCUUUCUGUUUUCUUUGUACUUUCUGUCAGUGGGUGCAGUUGAGGAGAGCAAGGAAAAAAGCACUUGGUUCACACAUUUUAAAAAAUUUUGAGGCCUUCCUGUUCUUCCUUUCUCUCUAGCUGCAGUUCAACUGCAGGUGAUCAAAAUCCCCCAUAUAUACUUCCCCACAUGUACUUUAUGUCUUUAUCCUCUUAUUUAUAUUCCCUAUCUAUGAGUAUUGGAUAAAUAUUAAUAAUAGUGUGAAAUGUUCCUAUCAAGCAGGUUGAAGCAAUCAUCUCUGGCAUUCAGCCUGGUCUAACUAUGGUUGUGGGGCCACCUGGUACAGGAAAGACUGAUCAAUAAAGUGUAAUUAGGAACUAGUUUUAUUAUUAUUAUAUGACAUUUACCUACAGAAGACCGUAGGUACAAGUAAAUUGAUUUUUACCUACCGUUAGAGAUUAUAGGUAUAAAUUAAUAUCUUUUACCUACACAUUUGAAAUAGUAGGUGUUAACUAUAGUGAUAGUUAAAUUUGACUGUAGGUAAAAAUAUAUCCGUAGGUAAAGCCUAUAGUGACAGACUAAUAGUCUGUCACUAUAUAUCCCCUCAAAGUUGACGCAAAAAACGUCUGUAGGACAAAGUCCUUUAUACAUCUACCUACGGAUUUUGGACUUCUAGUGAUAGAUUUUGACUGUAGGUAAAAGUCAUUUUUCUUGUAGUAAUUUAUUAAAUUGUAGCCUGGUUUGUGCAAUCUAAACCUUAGCGUGAGCCAAUUGCAGGUUGA